CAGGAACACUCAGGAGGGAAGCAGCAGCCUUUAUCAGAAGAUCUGACUGAUAACUUUCUUAUCCAGUUUUAAUUUGGCUUCUAUUUUUUGACAGCUCGCUGGAUGAGAUGCAUUGCCUGAGCAGGAAGCCCAGGUCAUAUCUGCUGAACUCCUACAGUGAUUUUCAGGAGACUGAUGAGAUCGCCAGAGAAUCAUAUGAGGCCACCUGGUUAGACCUACUGAUGGAGACGAGACCAGAAUACAAGAGGACAUGUUUCGAGAAGGAUUCAGUGAGGAAGGAGAGCUAUGAAAGCAAGCAGGUGGUUCAUUUUACAGUGAGACGCUUCCUAAACCAAACCAUUCAAAUGGGGAGAGAGGGGGAGCCACUGCAGGAAUAUCAUUUACCUUACAGAAACAUUCUUCCAAUACCAAUAUUUGUGCCCAGAGAUGUCACGCAGCCUGACGUUACCCGUGAGCCCUCUCCCUCCAGGAUAAAAUCCCCCAUGGACACUGAGACUAGUUUAAAUGGUCUUUGCCUUCAGAAGAGAGAAGUCUCGUCCAUCACCGAACAUAAGCCAAUGGUAAUCCAACCCAGGAGUCUAGACUUCAGAGCGUCCAGCCUCAUCUCUCCCCCACGAGACACACUCGGCAUCCAGCGACGAGAGUGAUGAGCUGAUGAAAGCUGUCUGCCGUCAUGGACAUGGAUACAAUGACAAGUAUGGUGGGUGACCUCACUCAUACUUAAAUACCAAAGCCUUCAAGAGACCUACGUGCUCACAAUUUGUUUUCAACUGAGACUACCAUAGAAACCUUACCAAAGGAAGAUACCACAAAAAAAGUAUUGUUUAAGCAAAAGAUUUAUGUCAUGCUAUUUAACCAUUUGUUUUAUCAUUUGAAACAUUGUUGUGAUUUAUGUAUUUAUUUACAAUAAAUGCCACUUGGUGUGUUAUUUAACACAACAUUAUUCAUUUUCUAAAUGUGGCUUAAGUGUCAAAAUUGUAACCUAUAUUUGAUUAUGAAGGAGCUGUUGAAUGGUGAUGUAUUUCUCAGCAGGUUUACAAUGAACUGCAGGGCAGACAUCUCUGAUGGCAAUUAUCAUCUAUUCAAAACAUUUAGUUCUUGGAAAUAAAUGCUAUAAAUAAACUGUAAAUCUCAUUUAUAUGUAUUUAUGAAACUAUGGCAAACAAUAAAAAACAAACCUGAGUCGA